UAGUCUUGUUCUAAAAUGUGAAAUCUGGAAACCAUGAAGUUCUUCGUGCUUUUGAUUUCAUUAACAUUUGUCUCUACUUCCAAAGGACUUAAUGAAAACCUUAUAACAAACUUUACAAUUGAUAUAGUCAAAAGCCAGCAAGUAGUGAUUUUUGGAUGCAACAGAGAAGAUUUCUUGAAAGUGGGAAAAUCCCUUCAAAAUAAAAAUGUCCUUAUUUUAUUCAUUAAUUUAGAAAACAAAUGUUUAUCAUCAUUGGAGAAUGUCCUAACUCGACACAAUCAUGCUAAAACAUCUGUCAUUUUGGAUUGUUCAUGUUCGGAAUGUACGAAUAUUCUACAUUUUUAUUCGGAAACAAGAUCAUUUAAUAAAACAUAUCAAUGGAUGGUUUUUGAUCCAUAUAACUAUGGUUUGAAUGAACUUGAAAUUGAAGAAGAUCCAAUUAGUAUUGGACCAAAUGCUCAAAUGACGUUUGUGAAUUAUUCUACUAAUAGUUUGGAUGAAAACUUUUCUUUAUAUGAUGUUCAUUCCAAAGGAAGACAUCUUAAGGCUUCGAUUGAAGUUAUUCAUUAUGGAGAUUGGAUUGAUAAUAAAUUAAUUAUUUACAAGGAUAUUUUUUAUCUUCAAGGGAUUCAACACAGAAGUCAGUUUAAUGAAUUGCAGUUGCGUGGUGUAUUAGUGAUCGACCGGGACAACAUAACCAAUGACGAACAAAUGAGAAAACUGGUCACAAGUCCCACAAAGGAAGAUGGUGUUGCUACAUUCAUUAAAUAUCACUAUGACAUCGUAGAUUUCAUGAAGGACCGCUUAAAUUUCACCAUUAAAUAUCGCAAUGUGCGCAGUUGGGCUGGCCGCCUUCGAGGAGGACCAUUUCGUUUAGGUUUUUUGGGCGUUAUUAAGCGUAAUGAAGCUGAUAUUGGAGCAUCGGCUGCAUUUAAUCGUUUAAAUCGCUUCGUAGACUACGAUAAUAUUCAUAUGAGUUGGAAAUUCGAUGCAGCGUUUUUAUAUCGAUUUACAUCGGAUAUCGAUGCGAACGGUGCAAGUGGUGAUUUUUUAGCACCUUUUGUAAUGGUAGUUUGGGUUCUUACAUUAGCGUUGACAAUUCUAUUGAUUGUUGUUUGGUAUUUUGUAUCUUGGUUCAUGAGACGAAAGAUUCGAGAAGAAGAGGAAGAUAAGGAUGGAUUUUUAUUAAAGACUUUUGCUGCACUUUGUCAACAAGGUCUUGAUCCAGUUCCAAAGAACUCACCAUCACGGACUAUAGUUCUAACACUUUUUAUAUUCAGUUUGAUGAUGUAUAAUUUCUAUACAUCAUCUGUUGUUGGUGGACUGUUAAAUAGCUCUGAACGUGGCCCAAAGACUAUUGAAGAAAUCGUAAACAGCCCUUUGAAGUUAUCUUUUGAAGACAUUGGGUAUUACAAAGUUCUUUUUAAGAAUCCAACAAGGAAAAUUGUCCAACAAAUGUACAAAACAAAGGUCCUACCUAAACGAGUACCAUCCGAAUUGCCAGUUUUUACACACGUCCAGGAAGCUAUACCGUUUUUAAAGAAAGGUGCUUAUGCAUUUCAUUGUGAACGAAUCGAUGCAUAUCCUGAAAUUGCUCGUCUUUUUGAUGCAAAUGAAAUAUGUGACUUAAGGGUAGUUUCGGGACUUCUAGAAACAGAAGUUAUAGGAAUGUUUAUAGUUAAAAAUAGUUUGUAUACGGAAUUGUUUAGAAUUAUACUUUGUCAAGCACGAGAAGUUGGAAUUGUUAAACGUUUCUUAGCUAUUCACAAACCAGAAAAACCAGAGUGUCAAGCAUCAUAUACUGUUUAUCCAGUUGCAUUUUCUGGUGUGUCAACUGCUUUUCUAAUAUUAGGAGGGGCCAUGCUGAUGUCUGGUAUUUGUGUAGCGAUUGAAAUAUUACAUUUUCGGAUGGAAGUUAAAUCUGGGCGUGCUUCAAUUUAAAUUAGCAGAAAUGUGGAAGAUGUUAAUUUUUAAUGGCUGCGUUCAAACCCAAAAGAUAGGGUAUAAGGAUAUCUUUUCGUUAGUAUUUUACAUGUAUAAAAACAGCUGAUUUAAAAAAGCUGAAAAAAUUGUUAAGUAUUGUUGUUUUGUCAAACAAAAUUAUCUAAGAGUCAUUAUUGUUGUUAAUGAACGAUAACUGUUAGAAAUUGUUGAUGAAUCAAUCUACUAUUAUUAAAAUUAAAAACAAAUUAUUUAUUUAUAACUUUUAACGAAUUAUUCACCUAACAGUUCAACACGUUCAACUCAGCUCCCAAUCUGAGUUGUGGAUUGUUACAAAUUGUAAGUAUUUGCCACUUCAACAUUGAUUUUUGGAAGAUGUGAUGACUUCAUAUUGCACGUAUCCAAGAUGACCUCGAACGCAACCAAUGUAUUUUUCAAUUAUAUUCUUGCAAACCAACUCUAAUAAAACUUUAAAUAUUAAUAUACA